AUGGCCGCCAACACCGCCACUACGGCGCCUACGCAGUUUUCCAAGCUGCUCCGCCAGGCGCGCAUCUCGAGCUUCGACCCGGCCGUGCCGCAGGUGUACACGGCGCCACCUGCCUAUGCUGCUCGCGGCGAGUGGGGCAUGAAGAGGCCGCUGCCGUCGUCUUCUGCCUCGAUCUUUGGCUCCUCGUCCGGCUCGGCUGCGUAUCCGGGCGCGCUGCGCUACGUCGAGGUGUCGCAGCUCGACACCGCUGAAGGCCAGACCUCGUGGAAGGAGCGCGAGAAGGAGGUGCUCUUUGUCAAGCGCUGGGCCGAGGCGGAUACCAAGCUGCACAUCAAGAAACCCGAAUCCAACGGCCACACCUACACCGAGCCGGGCAGCCACGGCCCGCGCCCCGCCACGUCGUUCCUCAAAUCCACCGAGCGCUACUUUCCUUCCGAGAUUCCGGGCCCGAUCGAGCUCACGCCCGAGCAGGAGGCGAGCGAGGAUGCCAAGGAGCGCGAGGCGAGGCUGUACAACAACCGCUGGCGCAGCCUCAUGAAGCACCAUGCCGCGCGCGGUGCGGCGGACCCAGCCUACAAGGGGCUCGACUUUAUGGGCGAGCAGUCGACGUCGCGCGCCUACGGCUUUGAUGCCGACAAGUUCUCGACGCGCCCGCGCAUGAUGGCCAACUACAACGCGCUCACCGAUGCGCAAUUUGACAAGUUUGUCGCCAAGAUCCGCCACGAGCGCGGGGCGUGGAAGAAGUUCUUCAACGACAAGGAGCGCGGUCGGCUGCUGGGGCUCAUUCGAAAGCGCCAGGAGAAGGAGUACGCCGCCGCGCUGCGUGCGCGCGAGGAUGCCGAGCGACGCGGCGCCACGAAGGAGCCGCUGCCCGAGAUCAACCCGGAGGCCGAGCUGGAGCAGAUGACGCUCGCCGAGAUCGACAUGCUGGAGCAGUCGCGCGAUGUGGAUGCGACGCGCGAUGCCUUCCGCAUGCUCGAGGACAAGACGCUGCGCGAGGCGUCCAAGCAGUCGUCCGCCGCGCUUCCCGGUCUUUCGCAGCCGAACACGCUUCACCCGCAUGCAGGUCUGCAGUAUUCGCAGCCCGAUGCCAUCUACACGGCCAUGCUCGCCGAGCCGCUGCCCGGUCGCGUGAUCCACGAGGUGAGCUCCAAGAGCGACCGCGAUCUGCGCAAGUACGCCAAGGUCGCCGAUGGACGUUCGGUGCUGGUGGGUGGACGUGUGAGCUAUCUGCACGCACCGCUGCGUGCGCAGGCGCCGCCGACGAUCGACUGGAGCCGACAGGAGCCCAAGCAGGGCACGGCGCUGUUCCGCAUCGUCGACGCCUACCGCUCCUCGAGCCUGACGCUCGGCAGUGGAAUGCACCGCGACAUGCUCUCGCCCCGCAACGACCUCGGAUACCUUCGUUCGAACGUCGAGCUCGUCAAGACCGAUGCAAGCGGUCAGCCCGUCAACCGGGUCGCGCCCAUGGGUAGCGCCGAGUACGUCGGUCAGACCGCACAGGAUCCCAACAAGCCAGUGCGCAAGGCUCUCGGCAGCGUGGGCGAGCCGAGGAAACCCGCUGGCUUCGCAGCGCUCAACGGCCUCGCGGAUCGCCGCAAGAACGAUGCCCAGAAACAGAGGCGUCUCGGCCGCAAUCCCUCCGCCCAGGCCAAGGCCGAGCAAAAGGAUUCGGUGGAUGCAACAAAGAAGAUGCUCGACAACCUCGACGGCCUCAUCAACCCAUCCACCCGCUCCUGA